AUGAAUUCUCUAUCUAUCCCCAUGUUUAUGGCCGAGUCAGCACGCGGGAAUUUCACGUUUAAAGAAUUCACGAGAUGCAAUACAAGCAACAUUCUCUGUGUAAAUGAUGCUACAAUAUCUGGGCAUAAAAUCCAUCUUACAAACAAUACAAUUGAUCAUCAUAAAGUGGCCAACGAAACUACAGGCGGUCUUCCCGGAAAUGGAAAUUUUUUAGACAUCAUGCUCGCUGUUAAAUUCAGUAGAUUUUAUCGGGCCCGUGUCUCUUUUCAAGUUGGUAGUAAUUAUCCUAUUCAAAUUUGCAAUUCUACCAAUUUGAAUGAUAGUUUAAAUGAUGGUAAGUUGUGGAAUGCGCACAUAGAUUGCAACCUGGGGCAAGGAGGAUUUGGAGGUGUGUACAAAGGCGUUAAAAGGCUGUCAAGCGCAUCUCACAAGGGUCGAGACAGGGGGCUAAAAGAAUUCAUCUCUGAAAUAAGUAUUGUUAGUCGAGUAAGACAUAGAAACCUCGUUCAGCUAUUGGGAUGGUGUCAUGAGAAAGGCGAAUUACUUUUGGUGUAUCAUUAUAUGUCUAAUGGAAGCCUAGACAAACAGCUUUUCAUCAAAGGAGAUAUUCCCCCACUGCAGUGGAGUCACAGGUAUCGAAUAGCUUUGGAAAUAGCUUCUGGACUGCUAUAUCUCCAUGAAGAAUGGGCUCACUGUAUUGUGCACAGAGAUGUAAAAUCCAGCAAUGUUAUGCUUGACUGCAAUCUCAAUGCAAAGCUUGGGGACUUCGGUUUAGCGUGCAAGUUGGAGCACAGUCGUUUGUCUCAAACCAAAAUGGCAGCUGGAACCCUUGGUUACCUAGCUCCGGAGUGUGUGAUCCUCUGA